AUGGAUAGCCCUCAAUCGUCCCCAGAACAACCUCAACAGGAUAGCCCGGAAGGAUCGCCGCCUAACUAUGAUAAGCCCUAUCACUCUAAACGGCCUCACAAGAAGUCGCGAGCAGGAUGUCGCAACUGUAAAGUCCGCAAGGUUAAAUGUGACGAGGCGCGUCCCGUCUGUCGAUCUUGCAAACUACGCAAGGCUGAUUGCGUAUACCCGAGUCCUGCAUCUGCAGCCUCAACUACUCCUUCAUCCAGAAACAUCACCAAGACAACUCCUCGGGCUUCCUCUGAGGCCCGUAUCACUAGUCAAACGGCUCCUUCACCCAUCUCAAUACCUUCCAGAGAUGAGUCUGUGGAGGAGAUCGGGCCCUUGACGGUUCAGCCGCUAUUUCGACCUAUGCCCAUGGAUGGGACAGAUAUGAAGCUUCUUUGGUUUUACACCAGCUCAACAUGCACAUCAUUCUCGGUUGAUGAGGGACCCCGGAACCCUAUCAACGAUGUCCUCAGAAACCGCAUGGUUCAGGUCGCGUUCGAUAAUCCUUUCCUCAUGGACACUUUAUUCGGCCUAGCAAGUCUUCACAUGCAGAGCCUUGAGCUGAGCCAGGAUGUAGCUCGCGCUUUCUCAUACCGCGCCCGAUCCUUCGAGGGCUAUCGUCUGGCUGUUGAAAGAGCCCAGCCCGAGACGUUCCCAGCUCUACUGGCAAACUCUCUAUUACUCACUGCUCUCUCUUCGCAAAACUUCCGCGAUAAAGAUGGUAAGAAGCUUUACUUAAUCGACUGGAUGAUCGUGUGGCGAGGAAUCGGCCUUGUUAUUGACCUCAUGGGUAUUGAAAAACUGCUUGAUUCAGGCCUUUACCCUCUCUUCAAUCGACCACCAGUCGACAUUGAACAGGCUACAAAUUAUAUUCCCAUAAAUCUUCUCUCAAUGAUCAGUUCGAUCGACCCUACCGACCCAGAUUAUCUUUAUGCAGAAACCUACUACGAAACGCUUCAAUUCCUGGGCUCGCUUUACCAAAAUUUACAUGACGGCUUUGCACCCUCUAUGAUGCUACGUAUAAUCACCUGGUUCACGUUUGUCCCCAGAGACUUUGUUCAGCUCUCGCGUGAGCUACGUCCUCGUGCUCUAGUCAUUCUUGCCUACUACGCUGCCUUUCUCAAGCUGCCAGUAGAUGUCUGGUGGUUGAAGAAUGUCGGGGAUCGCUCAUUACAAGAUCUUUGCGAGUAUAUUGGACCGGAAUGGCAACAGUACCUACUCGUCCCCCACAUGGCACGGCUUGUCGAGGGGGAGCAUGAGAUAGCAAAAGUAUUGUUUGAAGACCCCAACUGGUCGCCUAGAACACCCAACAGCCUCCGACUAGACCCCUCGGCUUCUGUCAGUCUCGUCGACGAGAUGGGGAGGCGUGUUGAAUGGAGACCCGCCGAGAUGAAACUUGUGCUUGUUGAUGGGAGAGACGACAUAUCUUCAAAGGCACAGGCUGCGGAAAAAUGGAGGAAGGAGAUGGAUGCUGAUUUCUCUCUAAACAAUGAUCGAAAUUAG